AUGGGAAAAAAGAAUAGCGAGAUUAUGAUAGAGGGAGAUAUGUUCAGCGAAACAAUGAAAGAAGCUCAAAGAGCUUAUAAUUCCACAGAAUGGGAAAAGUUCAAGAAAAUCUUCGCUGACAGUAAUAAGAGGUAUUUGCUUCAGGAUUUUGACUUGUGGGGAAACACUGCCUUUACCAAGGCAGUUCGCUCUGAUGAUCCAAAAAUCUUGAAGGAGUUGCUGGGAAAGCUAUCUGAAGAAGAAAGGUGGUGUGUCAUCAGGAAGAAGAACCGUGCAGGCAACACGCUUCUUCAUGAAAUCGCAGAGGCUUGCAAUGUGGCUGAGAUGGCGGACAUCGUACUCGACUUCGAGAAGACCAUUCCUUUGCCGCCGGAGCUGGCAGAGAAGGAGAAGGCGGAGAUGGCAGAGCUAUCAUCAGAGGAGAAGAAGGAGCAAGAGGAGGAGAAGAGAAGGCCAUUGUUGGAGUGGAAAAACUUAAAAGGUGAAACGCCGGUGUUCAAGGCUGCUAAGUUCGGUAACCUCAAGAUGCUGACCCAUUUGGUCAAGCGUGCAGAAAAUCUGCCUCAGGCUAACAUGAAAAUCCAUCAAGAAAGCGCUACAGAGACCAUUCUUCAUGCUAGUGUGAACGGGCAAUACUUUGAUGUAGCUCUUUGGAUAAUCAUGAACAUGGAUAAGAGUAGUCUGGCUGUGAAGAAGAAUAAAAAUGGUCUGACAAGUCUUCAGCUUCUGGCCAGAAUGCCUAGUGUUUUUUAUAGUCAUUAUGAGCCCCAACUAUUCAUGACCAAAAUCGUCUAUAAAUUGCUUCCUGAUGAAGGAUACGACAUCGAAGGGUGUAACAGCUUUGAUCGGUUGCUUAGGACUCCGGCCAGAGAUUUGGAAACCGGCGAACAUCAAGAUGAUCCCAGGCCACCAACCACUCCAGUAUUCAAGCGGAUUAUUGAGCCGAUCCGGGAAGAAAAGAAGAAACAUCGGUUAGCAGAGAGGCUGGCCAAGUUUCUUGUGAAAUGCGACUACUCGUGGCAGUACUACCGCUAUGAGGAACGCAACGAUAGCGCAUCAAAAAAACUUCCCCCAGUUCUUCACAAUGUGGCGAAAAGGAAACAAGAACUGGACUGGAAGCGUAAGCAAAAAGUACUGAGGGGAAAAAAUGAAGAAGAUGAGCAGGAAACAGCGGAACGUCAUGGAAAAGAGCCACCAUUGCGUGUGGCAGCCACCAAUGGGAUUACAGAAAUCAUUAACUUCUACUUUGAAGAGCAUCCAGAAGGAUCAUCAAGUACUGCCUUUCUUGGCUCCUCGAGUUAA